AUGAGACUGAGGGAGCUGCAGUGUGUGUGGGCUCCUGUACGAGACGAAUUCCGGGUGAAGAGGAGGGAGGCAGUGCUGCAGCUCACCGAGGCUUUGCUUUGUCCGGCCCGGCAGUCACGACAGGAAAAGCAGGUAACAGGUUAUCUCCUGUUCUCUCUGUCCACCGCCGUCAUCGGCUCUCUGCAGUUUGGUUACAACACAGGAGUCAUCAAUGCUCCCGAGCAGAAACUGCGGUCUUUCUUCAACGACACCUGGGUGGAGCGCUACGGCGUGCCGAUCAGCCCGGGGGUCUGUACCAUGGUCUGGAGCGUCGCCGUCGCCAUCUUCAGCGUGGGCGGCAUGGUGGGCUCCUUCAGCGUGGGCGUCAUGGCGAACCGGUUUGGCAGGCGUCGCUCCAUGUUCCUGGUGAACUCUCUGGCAGUGAUCGGCGGCCUCCUCAUGGGCUUCUCCACCAUCUGCUCCUCCUAUGAGAUGGUGAUCGCCGGUCGCCUGGUCAUCGGCCUGUUCUGCGGCCUCUUCACCGGCCUGACUCCCAUGUACGUGGGCGAGGUGUCACCCACGCCCCUCCGAGGAGCCUUCGGCACGCUCCACCAGCUCGGUGUGGUGGUGGGCAUCCUGAUAGCUCAGAUCUUUGGUCUGGAGGCUCUGCUGGGCUCAGCCAAGCUGUGGCCCCUGCUGCUGGCCCUCACCGUGGCCCCUGCUGUGCUGCAGUGCAUCCUGCUGCCCUUCUGUCCGGAGAGCCCUCGCUUCCUGCUCAUCAACCUUAAACAGGAGGAGCAGGCACGCAAAGCACUGGUGCGUCUGCGCGGCAGUGAGGACGUCAGUAAAGACCUGCAGGAGAUGAAGGAGGAGAGCGCCAAGAUGGCCAUGGAGAAGAAGGUGACCAUCCCCGAGCUGUUCCGCUCGGCGUCGUACCGACAGCCCCUCCUCAUCGCCGUCAUGCUGCAGCUCUCCCAGCAGCUGUCAGGGAUCAACGCUGUGUUCUACUACUCCACAGGGAUCUUCGAGUCAGCUGGGGUGAAACAGCCCAUCUACGCCACCAUCGGAGCCGGAGUCGUCAACACCGUCUUCACCGUUGUUUCGCUCUUCCUGGUGGAGAAGGCGGGACGAAGGACUCUGCACCUCCUGGGAUUGGGUGGAAUGGCGGUCAGCGCUCUGCUCAUGACCAUCUCCCUCCUGCUGAAGCACAUUUCCGUCAUGAGCUACAUGGCCAUUUUCGCCGUCAUGCUGUUCGUGGCUAUGUUUGAGCUGGGCCCCGGUCCGAUCCCGUGGUUUAUCGUGGCCGAGCUGUUCUCCCAGGGGCCCCGCCCGGCGGCCAUGGCCGUGGCCGGCUGCUGCAAUUGGACGGCCAACUUCCUGGUUGGAAUGAGCUUCCCCAAGCUAGUGGAGUGGUGCGGGCCUUGGGUCUUCCUCAUCUUCGUCGGCUUGCUCAUCAGUUUUUUCAUCUUCACCUUCCUGAAAGUCCCGGAGACGAGGGGCAAGACCUUCGACGAGAUCGCUCGCAGCUUCGGCCCGCCUCCCACCUCCUCGUCCGCCGAGGACCCUCCUGCCAGCGCCAGCACCGCCGUGCCGCCUCCCGCCUCGCCGGUGAAGGAGAAGGUCCCGCUGGUGGAGGCGCCGGCAGCAGCUCCGCCUCCCGCAGCUGAAAGCACGCCCCUGGAAGAUAAAUCAAACUCCACAGUGCAGGAGAGCGUGUAG